CGAUAAAAGCAGAGAGACGCCUCUUCCUGCAGCUGCUCGGUUUCAAAAGUGAAGGGCCAGGCGACGCAAGCAUGGGGGAAUCCUGCCUCCAAACAUGGAUCCUGCCCCCGUGCAAAGAAAUAACACACGAUUUAUUUUAUUUUAUUUUAUUUUUGAGGCAGAAAGCAUCUCCCCCUGCAGCACCGCUUGCUCAGAGCGCAGGUCGGAAACUCUCCCGCAGGCCUGGGAGCGGUCGCCUAGGCAACCGUUUGUCAACAUGAUGGCGGCGCCUGCCUCAAGCCUUCAGAUGGGCGGGAUAUGAAACUGUGUUCAAAAUAAAUCAUGACAUCUCCUCUCUCCUCUUUGGGAAAGAUUCGCAGAAUGCCACUUAAGUUGCAGACAUCAGAGAAAAGGACAGUGCCAUUCAAGGAGAGUAUCCAGAAUGAGGAUGAAGCUGUUAUGAUGAAUGAAAUUCUGGGGCCGGGAGCACAGAUUCCAGUCAGUAGACCUUCCUGUUCAAAUGGAACCACAACAAAACCUGGGGUUGCUCCCACUGACAUGGAGCUGAUGUCGUGCAUGAUGCAGAAGAUCGCUUCUUUGGAACAGCAAGUCAAGAACCAAGCGCAAUCCAUUCAGCUCAGGGAUAAGAAGAUCAAAGAGCUUGAGGAGGAAAUAGACAUCCUUCAGAAAGGGAAAGAGGAAUCUCCAGGGUCAAGCAGAACAAAAGAAUUGGAAAAGUUAUGCCUUAAGCUACAGCGUCAGAUCUGGGAAAUGGAGCGGUUUUUGAAUGACUAUGGACUGAUCUGGGUUGGAGAAGGGACGGAUUCUCCAGAAGCACUGGAAUCUCCAAAGGAAGAAGGAAGUCAACCACCCAGGGGUUUCUGGAAACCAGGAGAGUCUCUUGUUUCAGGGACCCCAAUGAAUUUUGACUUAAUUUUUGAAAAUCUGAAAGAUUUGAAUGCAUUGGCUGGGGAAGGCACGUCCCAAAUUGAGCACACUGCUGUUGGUGCGAGGCUGAGGCAGUUGGACACGAUCCCCCUCACCUUCUAUCAGAAUGGGAUCGUCAUGUUCAACGGGCCCUUCCGGUCUUACGAGGAGCCUUCUACACAGCAAUGCCUGCGAGAUAUCAUGGAUGGCUACUUCCCUUCCGAGCUGCAAAGGCGCUAUCCAGAGGGUGUUCCCUUUCAGGUCACAGACAAGAGAGAUGUCUUCUUUAAGGAGAGGGAGAUACCAGAGAGUUUCCCUGGCAUGGGCCGUGUCACUGACCAUUCAAAACCAACUAGAAUAAAGGAGACCAAUGAGAUUCUGGGUCCUAAGCAAACGGUGGAGCAGUUUUUGAACAAGCUUCCAAAAUCGCUGAUCCAAGGUGGGCAAGUGAUUGAUAUUCGGGGAGAGAUCAGGAAAAUCCUGAAGGGUUUGGGUGGAGCACGAAGCCAUGAGGUGGUUCUGGUGGAGACACCCAGCCUUUCAGAAAUGAAAAAGAGAUUGGAAGAACACAGAAAGGAGGAAGCAUCCGAUCUCAAAGUCUCCACUCUUCGGAUCAGGUCAGAGAACGGGGAGAAGACCUAUGUCAUCAAAAUGGCAUUUGCGGAGACUAUUGGAGACCUGCGGCGAUACCUUGCCCAGAACAGGGGAGAAGAAACAGAACCCUAUGAAAUCCUGAGCACCUUUCCCAAUCGGGUGUACGAUGACAACUUGAUGACCCUGGAGGAAUGUGGGCUGGUCCCCAACGCCUCCCUUCUGCUGCGGAGGAAAGCCCUUUCCGCCAAACUGCAAGGACAACCGAUGUAAUGGUUCACAGUGGAUGACUCAUCAGGGUUGGCUGCCACUCAGCUGAGAAGUAGUCUGCCUUCUUUUUCCGCACCAUGCGCAUCAUGCGUGGGCCACACUGUAAUGCUCACAGCAGAGGCCAUGGUUAGGUACAGCUAGGGCAGCUUCAAUAUGGGAAUGUGGCAGCACACAACCCACCUUCAUUGGUGUUCUCAGCUCUGUAGCUGUAAAAGGAGAUCAUGUUCCUUCAGUUGAAGAUGUUGUGCAUUAAACCCCCUGUUUUCCUACCCAACAGGAAUGGGACACCCUUGAGCUCUUGACGCAGCUCCCCACUUCCAAGCAAAUUAUUCUGGCUCUUGUUGAGCUUUCUCCAGAAGCAUUAAGGCAUCGCUCCAAGGAAAGCACAGCUGGAUUUCCGGUGCAAGCGCCUGCUUCUUCAGCUGUCGUAAGCUUCUCCAAAAAUGUAUCGCCAAGUUGAUAAAUCACAUGUAGUUUUCCAGGCCAUAAGUUAGAGCACACCGUGUUCUUGAGGCUUCUCCUCCCCACCCCCUUUGUAUAGUAAGUGGUGUUAAAUUCACCUGUGCUGCAAGCCUGUUAACCCACAAAAUAGGGGUAUGGCCAAAGGGCAGCCCUCCAGAUAUUGUAGGACUGCAAAUCUCAUCAGCCCCCCAGUAGAAAUAGUAAGGAAUGCUGGCAUUGGAGAACCAGAACAUCUGGAGCUCCGUUCUUUGACUGCAUUGGAUAGAACAGGAAAUAGCUAACAGGAAACUCUGCCUGUUUUGAAGCAAAAAGAUAUCACCAGCCAGCUUGCCAACUAUUGUUUCCAAAAGGCUGCGGCUGCAUGGGCAAUUCAAGAACUUACACAUUAUAAUGCACUGCAAAUACUUACAUCUGGGCUCAACAGUGCAUGGCCUUCUAGAUGCUGCUAAACUCAAAAAGCCAUGAUCUUUCAGCGUUGCCUGAGCUGGCUAUGGCAAAUGGGAGUGUAGUCUAGCAACAUCUAGGAAAUACCUGCUAGAAAAGAGCAACGCCCCACUUCUUAAUGGAAACUGGUUCUCUCUCCCUAACACGGAUGUGGUGUCAGAACAUCCUGUUGAACUUCCAUGACUAAAUGAGAUUCUCGUCCAUUUAAACUAGCUUGAUUUAAUAGUAACGGUGCCCUUUGCUAUUUCUGGGACUGGGCCAAGCCAAAGACCGACUCAUUUCUCUUUUGCACUGCUAGGUUUAGGCUCACCCGACUCAAACUUCCGGAAGAUCCACCAAGUUCAGUCUUUUGCUCUGUGUUAUUGCUCCCUCCACUAGAUCCAAGCCUACAGCAACAGGCAAAUGAUUUUCCCUGGAUCUCUGCACUGGCUCAGAAAAAGCUAGGCAGGCACCUUUCCCCUAGUUUCAGGUUCUAAGCACCUUACUCUCCUUGGGUUUACAAUGCAGGGCCAGAUAGAAUUGUCUAUCCGGAGCUUUCCCGAGCCAAAAUUUUCUCUUUAUGUAUAAGCCUAGCAUGGCAGAGAAGGCUUGCUUAAAAAUCACCAAAUCACAGUGGCCAAUAAUGCCACCCAAAGCGGUCCACGUCAGUCAUCCUGCUUGCUUUUCUUUUCUCCUGCUAACCUCCCUCUUAUGAUGGAGGACUCGAACAUCUGCAGCUCUCCUUUCCCCCACCUCUUUGCCUUUGUCAGUUAUAAAAAUGUACCAUUCUGUGAAAGCUCUGCCAGGUGCACUUUCUCAACCUUAAAAUUUGUUCUGAGUGUUAGCAAUCCA